GCUGCGUAGAGCCCACCGGCUGAUAGCGGCCUUGUAGCCUUGUCCGCUGGCACCAUGAGCGGCCGUAGUAGGGGUCGAAGGUCUUCCCGCGCCAAAGGCCGGGGCAAAGGCCGGGCCAGAGCCCGGGUCCCGGCCGCUGCGGACGACAUCUGGCGCGACGAAAAGCCAGCACAGAGCCCGCCGCAAGGAGAGGACGCCGCGGCCGAUCAGGUGCAGGAUGGCACUGCUCAUGGAGGAACGGAACCAGCCGAGCCCGGGGAAGCGGAGGCCUGCGGCCUCCCGCUAGACUGCGGCCUGGCGCUGCGGGCACGGGCUGCGGGCGAGUGCGGGCUUGCAGCCCCUGAUCCGGGCCUGGAGAGGGCUACAGCCCUCGCCGAGCGUCUGACCAGCGACAUCAGCUUCGUGGGAACCGUGGGAGCCUUGGCGAAGCUGCGACAAGGUUCCCGCAUUGGAAAUCGGCGAGUCCCCGGGAGGAAGGCCCCAGGCACUCGGAGCGCCACGGGGAGGGGCCCUCAGGCCACAGUCAGUGGGAAGCCAAAGAUGGGUUCUGCGAGACCAUGCGCCGCUGCUCCAGUGGGGGAGGAAAAAAAGGUGACAGAGAAGCAUGCUGGGUCAGGGUCCCCUGCAAUAGUAGGCAGCAUGGAUACCCUGGAGACGGUCCAGCUAAAGCUGGAGACCAUGAAUGCACAGGCUGACAGAGCGUAUCUCAGGCUUUCCCGCAAGUUUGGCCAGUUGCGACUUCACCACUUAGAGCGCAGGAAUCUCCUCAUCCAGAGCAUCCCUGGCUUCUGGGGGCAAGCUUUUCAGAACCAUCCCCAGCUGUCUUCUUUUCUGAAUACCAAAGAUAAGGAGGUAUUGAGCUAUUUGAACAGACUGGAGGUGGAAGAGCUUGGCCUUGCCAGAUUGGGCUACAAAAUCAAGUUCUACUUUGGCCGAAACCCCUAUUUUCAAAAUAAGGUGCUCAUCAAGGAAUAUGGGUGUGGUCCAUCCGGUCAAGUGGUGUCUCGCUCAGCUCCAAUCCAGUGGCUCCCAGGUCACGAUCUGCAGUCCCUGAGCAAGGAAAACCCAGAAAACAACGGUAGCUUCUUUGGGUGGUUUUCAAACCACAGCUCUAUUGAGUCUGACAAGAUUGUCGAGAUAAUCAACGAGGACCUGUGGCCCAAUCCUCUACAGUACUACCUGAUCAGUGAAGAAGCCCAUGGAGAGAAAGGAAAGGAAGAAAGACCACCAGGUCCAGCAAAACAGCCAGCGGAGAGCCCCAAGCCGGCAGUGAGGCAGCCCAACUGAUCCCGCAGAGAUCUUCCUACUACUGCUGGACCCUUUAGACUGACCACGUGGGUUUGGUUGUCUGCCUUCUAUUCAUACCGUCUUAUGUACACGGUAGCCACUUUGGACUUAUCUUCAAGAAUGUGACAUUUGUGGUAAUCUUUGCUUCCCCAUGGCCUCACCGUGUCACAACAGUGUUACGUGUUUGACACUCACUGCUUGUGCACCCAUCACUUCUGAUGUAUGGCAGUUUUUCUCUACUCUAUCCAGUCCCUGUUCUUAGCGCUGGCCCUUCCCACUGUCUUUUAUGUGGACAUUAAUGAGUCAUUGUCCAGAUGGAUACUCAGCUAUGCUACUUCAUGGCCGGUCACACGUUACCAAUGGCAAGAUUGUCCAUUGCUAUCACAAAAUGAAGCCAGUGCUUUUAUUCUGUGGGUCUGGAGUCAUCAACCAAGGUUCUUCCUACUUUAUUUCCAGUUUCAGCCUAGGGUCCAGCAAACCUACUGGGUGUGGAUGAGGACAAGGGCAAACAGGAGUAUGUUUUGUUCACAUGGUAUGUCUCCUCUUGCCUUGGAGACAGUCCUCUAGUGAACCUUCAUCAAGUCUGGUCGUGCCUGGUUGCAGUCAGUCCAUUGACUUUUGGCUAGGUCAAUGCUAUUGGCUCCAAUUAAAGACCUCAAGAACUGCCUACGGACCCAGGCAUCUUCUCAGUGCAUGGGCUACAAGCCUACCCUCCCCAGACUUUAGGAAACCUACUGGUUGUGAGACUGGCGGGCAGCCUGCUAUUUGUGAACAUAUGCUUAUUGCUAUCAUGUUGUGAGCCCUGAGAAGGGUAAGGCUUUGGGCCACACCUUUAUCAACCGGGUAUCUAUGUCAUUUCCCUUAUUCCUUAUCCCUUGCUUAGAAGGGACAAGAAGGGAUGCUGAUGAGGACAGAUUUUUCAUUUCUAUGCCUGUGUUUACUUCAUACCUCCAUGUAACUUAGUCCCCUUCCCUGUCAACCUAUCUCUGGACUUCCCUGCUCUCCUUAUGAACCUCUCCCACCUGUCCUUUUAAAAUAGUAUCACAGCUCAGACAAAAAAGUCAUCAACCAGGCUUUUCUACCUAUAGCCAGGGAGGCAGAAAGGGGCUUCCUUUGCACACCCAUGUAAUAGGUUGAGAUAGGAUAAAAUAAACCAAAAGAACAACACCCCCCACCAAAAAAAAAAAA